AGUGCUGGAACGUCGUGUUGCAGGACACGGACAUGGACAACCGGACACUGCAGGUCGCGCUGGCCAUGGUGAACGACAGUGCGAACAUGAGCGUGGACGCGCCAAACGGAUACGACUACGCGGACCGGCUGGAGACGUACAUCGUUCCCGCGCUGUUCGCGCUCAUAUUUGUCGUCGGAACGGUGGGCAACGGGACGCUGGUGUUGAUAUUUGUCCGGCACAAGCACAUGCGGAACGUGCCCAACAUUUACAUACUCAAUCUAGCACUGGGCGAUCUAUUGGUAAUCAUUAGCUGCGUGCCAUUCACGUCAACCGUGUACACGGUGAGCACAAAUAUUAAAAACAAUAUUAGAAAAUAUGAUGUUUGAAAUGUUCUUUGUAGAUAUUUUAUGCAGUGCAAAUUUGUACGGUUUUGUGUUACCGUCAAAAAAUGUGACAUUAAAUUGUACAGUGGUGGAUUUAAAAAAAUAAUAAUAAUCAAAAACCGGGAAGCCCGUUAAAGUCCGGAAAGUAAAACAGUUGGAACGUAAAAUCGAGGAAUGUAAAAAUAAACGAAUUUGCUCAAAAUCAAUGGUCCCCGGUCAGACAUGUGUUCAAAGUGCGGGGUGGGACAGACGUUUUAUUUUAGAAAUAUUUUAUAUUUUUAUGCCAUUAUGUGUUAUAAAAGUAUAUAAAGUUUAAAAUUCCAGGAAGGGGGGCAGUAACCCCUUUUGCCUGCCCUGCAGGUGUCCUUUAAAAACUAGCUUCGCGCGCCAACUCGAGUGCGAGCUUGCGACGUACUUUCAAUUGAAAUAACCCCCCCGGAUUCGUUGUGCGAAAUCACAUCGGCUCGCAAUUUGAAAACGUCCGCUGUACGAAGUUGGACAAAUAUUCGAGAAACCGACGGUUAUUUUGUUAUUACGUUCCGCAAUAAAAUCGUUCCUAUGAAGUAUUUUUCCCCGCGUUUUACGUUUCUUAACAACAAUAAUUUUCCGGAUUUUGAUGCGUCCCCGAGAAUGGUUGCAAUUUUUGUUUUCUGGAAAUCGGAUAUAAAUUUAACGGGAGAGGGAGAAGAAACAGUUUUUAUCUAACAGCCGUCCCAAACGGUUUUGACCAUGCGCUGUAUUGAACGGAGGAAGGGUGGAACAAAAACUUGUCUCCCCGUGAUAUCCCGUUUACUACACUGUCGUGUAUUUUUUUAAACGAUUAUUUUCUCGUUCAUAAUAUAGUGAAACCAAUACAAUAUCAAUUCCUCGUUUCGCUCAGAAUAUACAAAUCGAUUAUUUCGGUAGUUUUUGUUUUGUGUAUGGCACCGUCGUUUUUAGCAGAUUGAAAUACACGGGCGAAAAAGAAAAACACCAAGUGGUGUUAAAGUAGUUUUUUUCUCUCGCAUGUUUUUGACCGAUACCUGAAUGCAGUUUCCGUCGUGGCCUUACGGACUGGCUAUGUGCAAAGUGUCGGAGACGGCCAAAGACGUGUCAAUCGGUGUAUCGGUGUUCACGUUGACCGCGCUCAGCGCCGACCGGUACUUCGCCAUCGUGAAUCCGAUGCGCAAGAUUCACGCGUCCGUCGGCGGCCGGUUCGCCACCAGGUUCACGGUGACCGUGGCCGCGGCCAUAUGGGCCGCGGCCGCCGCGUGCGCCGCCCCCGCUUUCCGGUACUCGUACAUCCGCCAGUUCCGCGUGCAGAACAUCACGCUGUUCGAGGUCUGCUACCCGUACCCGGACCACCUGGGACCCGCCUAUCCCAAGGUCGUGGUGCUCGUCAAAUUCCUCGUCUACUACGCAGUCCCGCUCACCAUCAUCGCCUGUUUCUACGUGCUCAUCGCUCGGUACCUGGUACAGACCACCAACAAUAUGCCCGGUGAACUCCAAGUAGGUAUACUUGCCAUGCCUACAUAAUCAGUAAUUUGUUUUUUUUUUUUAAAUAUAUUUUAUUUAAUUAUACACACACAUGACAUAUAUAAUAAUAUAAAAUAUAAUCUACUUCCGUAAGCUAUAGCUUGUGAUUGAGUAGAGAGUUAGAUUCAGACAUAAUGAUGAACUUGAUUUUAUUUAAAUAAAAAAACAAAAACUGAUAUAUAAUGUAGAAGACAAAUACAGAAAACGAAUAGAAAAUAGAAAAAAGAAAAAAAAAGAAAUACAUUAGAUAAUUUAUACAGUGAUAUAUAUAAGAUGACAGAAUGCAAACAUUUUAGUAAUGUAAAUAUAUAAAUAGGUAUAAUAUUAUAAAACUGAAAACAGCCAUUUAAAAACCGAUUUUUUUCAUUUACUCGUAUUAAACCAGAAUGAAAAUUUUUUUUUUGAACACAAUUGGCAUCUGGUUAAAAAAAAGUUGGACCAUUAUAAUCAACAAAAAAUUUCACAAACGAUUUUUGUGUAUAUUUUACUGAUAGAUCAUAAGCUCUAUGCUUUCGUUUAUUAUCAGAAAAUAAUAUGGUGUCUUUAGAUUUAAUGCAUUUUUUUAUUACUUAUAAUAUUACUUUUUUUUUAUAUGAGUUUUACUGGCAGAGCACCUAGAAUUUAGUAAUUAUUUAUUGUUGACCCCUCUAAAGUACUUUUUAUUUAAAAUUAUUCUUAGAGUGUUAGUUUGAUUUUGUUGUAGAAUGUUUAUAUUUUUGUCUGUAGUGACUCCCCAAACCAAAAUUGUAGAAUUGAUUGAUUAAAAGCAAAAUAAGUAUUACAUAAAAAUUGAAUUAAUAACAAAUCUCUAAGUUUAAUGAAUUUAUAUAUUAUUGUACGUAACUUACAAAAUAAAUUGUUGAGUACUAUCUUAAGUUAUUAUCCAAAAUUAUACCUAGAUAACGGAUUUUGGAUAUAUUUUUUAUUUGUAUACAAGUUUGAGGAUCACAUUUCGUAGAGAUGCUACAAUUAUGAACUAUUAAUGGAGAUCCGUAGGUAUUACAUUUAUUUAUUGAAAAAUGCAUACACAUAGUUUUAUCAUAAUUUAUAGUCAAGUGUAUUUUCUUUAAACAUUUAUACGCUACGUUUAAUCCUUCCGUAGCUUUAAGGUAUACAUUAUCCCAAAAAUUAAUUUUAAAUAAUAGGCAGGUUUCAUCAACAUAUGUUACUAUUUUUACAUCGAUUUUUAAUUUACAAAUCGCAUCUAUGUAUAAUAUAAAUAGAACUGGCCCUAACACACUACUCAGAAGGACACCAUAUUUUAUAAAAUUUUCAUUACUUGUAAUAUUAUUUAAUUUUACUAUUUGUUUUCUAAAAGAUAUAUUUAAACCAAAGUAGACUGCGAUUAUUUAUUCCGAAAUUAGGUAGAAUUUUAAAAAGAAUAUCAUGAUGUAUGGAGUCGAAAGCCUUUUCUGCUAGAUCUGAGAAAACAGCUAAAACUUUAUUACUAUUGUCUUAAUUCUUUGUACAUAAAUUGUGUGAACUCAUAUAAUGCAUUCUCCGUAUCUAAACCCGGUCUGAAACCAAAUUGGUUUUUUGAUAAUAAUUUGUUUUUUUCUAGAUACAAAAUGAUUCUUGACUUAAUAAUCUUUUCAAAAAUUUUUAAAAAAUUUGUUAACAUAAAUAUUAGUCUAUAAUUACUCAUGUUUUUACGGUCACUCCUUUUAUUUAAUUGUUUGAUUAAUGCUAAUUUAAAAUUAUCCGAGUAAAUACAAUUUUUAAUACUUAGAUUAAUUAUAUGAACAAGAGGAUUAAUAAUUUGUUCAGAGAUAUUUUUUAAUAUUUUCACCGUUAUCAUAUCGUAUCCCGCAGUGGUGUCAUCUCUACAGUUGUUUAUAAUUGAUUGUACCUCUGAUAUAUAAACUUUUUUUAGAAAAAAUCCAUCGAAUGAUUGCGCAUCAAGUUUGUUAAUCACAUUUAAAUUACAGUUUGUGCUAUCCGUGAAUAAAAAAAUGAAUCAAUAAGUUUGACUUCAACUGGAUCAUCUGCUAUAUUUAUUAUAUAAUCAUUCACUUUUAAAACUUCAAUUUUAUAUUUUUUUUUAUUUAUAGAUGGUACCUGUUACUUAAUUUAUUAAUUUCCAAGUUAAUUUAAGACUAUAUGACACUGUAUUAAAUUUUUUUCAUAAAAAUUGAUUUUUGCAAGCCUUAUUAAUUUUUUAAAAUGAUUUUUAUAUUUUUUAUAAUAAGUCGCAAGUUUAAUUUUAUUUGAAUGUUUCUUAUAUUUUAGAGAAAGAUAUUGCUUACGCUGUGUGAAACAUAACAAGCCUUUUGACAUCUAUUCCUUUAAGGCGGGCCGCACACCAGAAAAAUUAUAAACACGAAACUUAUAACAUGAAAUACGAAACUAUAAUUGCAUGAAACCGGCCGAUAUACUUAUAUAGGGAAACACACAUCGAAUUUCAUGCAACUUUUUUUAUUUGUAGUUUACGAAAUUGAUAACACGAAAUUUGUCAUUCUGGUUUUUUCACGUAGUCAUGCACGUUUUUAGUUUUUACUGAGUAUAUUCUAUCGUAUAGUUCAAUUUAUAGUUUAUUAACUUAUUUAUUGUUAUUCAAUUAAAAUACAUUAUUUAUUAGUACUAGUAUUACUUAUAAUAUUUUUUCGUAUUUUUGAAUGUAUUGAAAUAAAGUAAGUAGGUAGGUAAAUUUUUUUUAACUAAUCAAUAAAACAAAAUUAUACUUAACAUAUUUAUAUAUACUUUACUUAUAUACUUAUUUACAUAUUUAACAUAUAUUUUUAAUAUUGUAUAUAAUUAUGUUGUUCAUUUAUGUCAAUCAUAUUUUAUAGUUUCAUUGUUUAAGUUUCUUCAAUGUACAAAUCAACGUGAAACUAGUUUCUGAAACCGAUUGCAUACAAAAAGUUUCAUGUUACACAUUUCUCUAGUUUGCAGCCUGCCUAAUAGUUUAUUUUUGGAAUUAACAGAUUUAGAAGUAGAAGAAACAUUAAGGGCGUUUGUAAUUAUAUUUUGAAAUAUAGAAAUACAUUCAUUCACCAAGCUACAUUCAUAUCAUUUUUCUCAUUUUUCUUUACUUAAUAAUGUUUUCAUUUUAUCAUGAUUUGACAUUAAUUAUAUUUUCAGGAUUCGUUAAUUUAACAGAAAUUUGAAUUGAUACUAUAAUAGAACAGUGGUCGGUGAUAUAUGUUAAUAAGAUACCUGCAUUUAUUUUAUUGAGACUAUUAAUAUUAUUACUUUUAAUGAACCCUAUGAUCUAAGCACGAAAGUUGUUGAUAAUUUGCUCUAUAUUUUGUAUUUGUAAUUAGAUUACUUAAACUAGCCAUGAAAUUUAAGUUUAUAAUACAAAAGAAAAAAUAUAUGUAUUUUUAAAAAAAUAAAAUAAAAAAUAAAAAUAAUUUUUAAGUAACUCAAAGUACAGUUAAAGAAUUUUCAUUUUCGUUUUUUGUAAUGCGUAUAAAGAUGUAUUUUAAAACAUCUAGAUACAAAUAAAAGACUAUAAACGAAGAUAUAUAUUUUGAUUAAAUUAUCUAGGUAAAGACAAAUAAUCAGGAACUUUUUAUUUAAAUUAAAAAAAAAAAAAUAUAUUUGGUUUUGUUCAUUAUAUUCGUAUUCAUAAAAAAAAGACUACUAGGAUAAUGGGGUUGGAGCAAUAACUGUUAUAUAUAAUUUAAUGUAUACCUAACAAUAAACCGUUGCUUAUGAAAAACGAUUCUGAGCGGAGUUCAGUUGAUAGUGAUGCUUUGUCAACAACAUAUACGUCAUUUUAUAACAAAAUAAUAAAAUAUCCUUUAUAUAUUUUCUUUGAUAACAUUUGUUUAAUGUUGUACCGAUUUUCCCAGUUUUCCUAUAUUUUUCCCGGUUUUCCCAUGUUUUAUCCCGGUUUUUCAGAUUUACUGGGAAAACUCUUAGGAAAAUUGAAAAAUGAUCUCUUUAAAGUAUCUCGCUAGUGAAAUUUUCUUUUAGAAACAUUACUAUCAAUAAAAGUUGGAGCGAAAUUGAUGGUAGAAAAGUUGUGCGCAGAAAAAAAGAAGACCGUAAUAUAGUUUAACUAAUACCUACAUUUUUUAUAUUUUCCUAUUUUUUUUCCGUUUUUCAAAUUUCAUGAAAAAAUCCAAAAAUGACCCCCUAAAUUACCUCCCUACGCCAAUUUCCUUACAGAAAAGUUGCGCACAAAUAAAAAAAAAUAAACAUUUUUGUAAAACUUUAAGCUUUUUCACUCAGAAUUUAAAAUGAGUGUUAAAAGUAGUAAAAUAAUGUAUACAAUUUAUGUAAAAUCAUUCAUAUGUUACCUAUUUCAUUUUUAACAAGCUAAAUUACCCGUUAUUUCCCAGAUUCAACUUUGUCCUUAAUUCAGUCAAUAGUCGUUGCUAAGUAAUAUUUAUCUUUUAAGACAUACUUCCUUGAAAAAUGAAACAAAUAUAAUAACUGUUUUUCCCUUAUCGCCAAGAUCCUAUCCUACUUAUUCUAUAUUAAUAUUAUAAAGAGGAAAGAUUUGUAUGAUGAAACGAAUAAACUCAAAAACUACUUGUAUUUCCUAGUACAUCAAUAACACUGGAGUAUAAUAUUAUUUCCUCAUAAUUUUAGCGUUAUUAUAGUGGAUAUAAUAUAAUUUAAUAACGUUUAAUAAUGUGCUUUGUGAGUAUCUAUGGUAACAUGGAUGAAAAAAAGUAUUGCACACUAGAACACUUUCAGUCCACCAGAUUACCCAACCUAUUUUAUUUUGUUUGAUACACUGAUACGGGCAAAGUAAUAAGGAAAUAAAGAUAAAUAGAAUGAAAAAUUGGCACGGAAAACACCGGGCACAGGACAGUUAGUAUAUUAUAAAUGUGAAAGUUUGUGAGGAUAUAUGGAUGUUUGUUACUAUUUCACGCAAAAAUUACUGAAUCAAUUUUGAUACAUUUUGGUAUAAAGAUAGAUUUGACCUUAGAGAAAAAAAUAUGCUACUUUUUGUCGCGAAAAUAAAACUUAAAGGGGGUGAAAUAGGGCAUGAAAGGUUUUUAGGUAAUUUUGGUACGAAAAUUAAAUUAUUUUUGUUUAAUUAUGGAUUUUUAUAAUAACAAGGAUGAAAUGAAAAAAACAUUUAAAAUUAAAAAAAAAUAAUAAACAGAAAUACAAAUUCCAAAACAACUGUAACAACUUAAAAUAAAGAGUCUAUCUGACUGUCUCCAGGUCUAUUAUUGGCUUGAAGUAGGAUGGGCUACCUUAGUAACAUAAAUGAAAACAAAAAACAAGAAACUAUGUGCUAUACUUAGUGGGUAAGUAAAAAAUGAAAACACGUAAAACGUCAUUUCUAAAUCUUUGUAUUUUUUGAUACAGUAACAUUACUACAUUACUAUUAUGGCCUCGUAACUUUAGGGUUACCUAUUACAGUGGAAAAAUAGUUUAAUUUCUGUGUUGUGCGGGUAUCUAAGGUAACACGAAUGAAAAAAUGUGUGAUACACUAGAACACUUUUAGUCCGCGGACUACCCGCUUUUACCUUUUUGUUUUUAGUUCAAUAUACUGAUACGAACAAAGCAAUAUGGACAUAAAGGUAAAAAUAAUAAAAAUUAGCACGGGCAAAGCCGGGUGCGGGACAGCUAUAGUAACCCAUAAAUAAACAAAAUAAUUAAAUUUUCGUUGUAAAAAUACCAAAAAAAAACUCUAUGUCAGCAACUCUUUAGGAGUUGAAUUUCGAGAUCUUUCUAUUGUUUUGAAUUUAAAAUGUACAAAGUUCUAUCCAGAUAAGUAUACAAUUUUAACUAAAACCUGUAAAACUAGAUUUAACUUAUUUUUGUUUAGUUAGAAUUAGUUGUGUCAAAAAUAUGUUGGUGAAAACUAGAAUUAUCUAGUGAAAAUCCGUAAUUUUUAUUUUAAUAGUUUAAACUAGUUGUGCGAGACAAACACACACGUAUUUACAACGACUAUCACGAAGCCAAACAAAUUGGCAAAACUGAAAACACGGAGACUAGUUUUAACUAGUCAAAACUAGAAUUGACUAUAGGGAUUUGUGGAAACUAGUUUUGACGGCUUUCGGGUUUUAACUGUAAUAUAUAUAUAUAUAUAUAUAUAUUAUAAUAGUUAUAUGGAUAAUUUGUAAAUGGUGGAUAGUUUAUAUUAUUAUUUUUUGUAUUUAACACGGCCAACGGAGGAGCUGAUGCCCUUUUAGCUCGCCUUGGAUACGUCACUGCUGUAGAUACACUGGUAUAAUAACAAAUAUAAAAAUUUCAAUUAUAUAGCUGACCGGUCAUGCUUUGCUAUUGCUACGAAACUAAAUAGUAAAUAAAAGAUUCAGGCCAGUUACUUUUUACCUAUUGGUCGGAUUGAAGAAAGAUUCCAUUAGCUAAAACCCUGCCCCUGACAUCGUGGAUCGUUUUGCGAAAAUCACGUAUAAUUCGAUCCGAUAGUUUUUAAUAUAUUAAUCUCAGGCACACUACAGGAUAAGUAUGCAUUCACCAAGUAAAUUUUGAAAUUUUACGAAAAUAAAUUGAACUCUUUUGGAAACCCUCUUUCACCAUCUUGGAGGAUAAAUUUUAAAAAACAAGCUAAGAGUUGAAUUUUAAAAAACCCUUUAUUGGUGCUCGCUUAAGUUGUAUAAAGAACCUCUGUGAAAAAUGAUAAAUAUAAAUAUGAAUAUAUAAAUUUUGGUUUAAAAAGAUUUAUCUAGACGAUUCGAUUAUUUAUCUCAGAUUAUUAAUGUUUCAUUUAUCUAGAUGAAACUUUCCAGAUAUUUUAUAUAAAUAAAACAUAACACUGCCUGUAUAAGAGACCAAUGAUACGUUUUGUCCUGUGUUAACUACAGAUAACUAUUUUUUAUAUAUACUUCAAAAUCCCUCGAAAGUUAUAAAUAUUAUUACUUCAAGGCACUAUAAUCGUAUAAUUUUACAAACGUUAAAAAUGUUAUUGAAAAAAACACAAAAAUGUUCUUUUUUUUUAUAUAUGUGAAAUAUUCGUCAAAAUAAUGAAAUAAAAAAAUUAAACAUCAUACGCGUUUAUUUAUAUAGAUUAACAUAUGACCCUAAAUACUGGACGAUACGCGACCGUAUUUAUGUUUGAAAAAUUCCGUACAGUUAAUUUUUAAAACUAUUUUGUGUGCACAUUAUUGUGUUAUAAAUUUGUCACAUGCGAAUGCAGUGAAUUUCAAACAGGAACUGCAAGUUGAUUUUACAGUAAAUUAUUAUGUAUACUUCAGUUGGUGGCGCAAUAUUAACGAUGCGUAUAUUUUUUGUGGCUGCAGUUAUAACUAUUAUAAAUUAUUAUAGUUGCAUGCACAUUAAGGGUCGUUAAAAUAAAAUGAUCACGGAUGAUGGAAACCCUUGUAUUAUACGCUGCUCUCGGAAAAUAUACUACCGGCUUAGUAUGUAAUGGUAUAGGGUAGUGCAUUUCUGAGGGGGUGGGGUUAAUAUAAUUUUUACACCGGAAUGUGAAUACUGGACGCUAUUUACCGAAAUGUGGAACUGAUACGGAUAUUAAUAAUUUUGUUUAUUGCGUAUUGAAUGCGAUUUAAUGGUUUCGAUUUGAUGACGGAAUUUGCGCGUCUAUUUUUACAGAGACGGUCCAACGCAAAGACAAAACAAUUACACUCAUUACGAUGUAAAUCUGUGGAAAUAUUCACUGACAACUGACACGGAUACUUAUUUUGUAAUUGAACGGUUUUCUUUAGUAUUGGAAUAAUUGCGGGUAAUACCUUCGGCCUCAUACAUCUAACAUAAUUGCACAGGGCAUGUCUAGCCCGGUAACGUAUUUAUGAUUUUUUCUAGGUGGGCUGAAUAACAAACAUUACAGUUUACAGACCCACGAGGAUCUACACCCCUCCUAACAACUUACAAAUAAACAUCUCACUUUUCAAAACACGUUUUUUUUUCACAAAUUUACAAAAUAGUUUAACGCAAUCAUUAAGUUUUUGUUUUUAUUUUCAAUUUGUAUUAAAGGUACCUGUACGGAUUGAAUAUUUGUUGAAUGAACACUAUCCUCUAAUUUUUUGUCUCCACGUGACCUUUUAACACUUCGAUUACUCGUGAAAUAUAAAGUUAUUAGAAGUUAUUAGCAGGCUAAUAUUAUAUUUGCAAAUCUGUUAAAAACUAUAGAAUAUUCAACGAAGAAAAUAUAAACUAUGUGAAUAUGUAUUAAACUUCACUAAAUUUGAAUAUUGCUUUUACGGGUCACAGUUAUCAUAUAUAUUUAAUUAUUUUUAAAAUGUUUCAAACAUUUAAAAAAAAAUCUUUAAUUUAAAAGUGCCCAAAACCCUAAGUAUGGGUUACCUAAAAAAAUUUCCGACUGAUUACAAUUAUCUUUCAGAAAAAGUUCUACACUUGAAAAUUGGAGCAAGAUAACCAAGAUUCUGUUAGGCAUUUUAUAUACAAUAUAAAAAUUUAAAGAAAUAAUGAACCAAUGCAUUCCUCGCUUUGCUCAGAAUCUAAAAUGAGUUGAGCACACUUAGUGAACCGUUCUGUACGUAUACACUGCCGGCUAAAAGUUUGGAAAUAGGUAAUUUGGAUUGGAAAACACAUAUUUUUCCAGAAGAACUGUCUCGGAAAAAAUAUGUUUUGCUUAUAAUAACAUAGAGUCAAGUCCACUCAAGUAUCUCAUGAAAAAAAUUGUUAUCCACAAGUGAUAUGAAUCGAAGAAUUUUCAUCAGUCAGUUUGUUUUCAUAAUAUUGUCAAAAAAAUAACCAAUUGCAAUAAACUCGUAGUAGAGUGAAACGCGGUGACUAUUAGUCGUAUACAAAUAGUUUAGAGUAUAUAACACUUAAUCAUAAAUGUAACGAUUUGAGUUUAAUUUAAUCACUGACUGACAAGUAUCCGGUGUAUACAUUUAUUCAAUACUAAGUUUCAUUCGUCGUGUUGGAUUAGGUUAGGUUAGAUCAAAAACGACAGAAACUUGCAUUUCUGCUGUAUUUACUUAUAUCACGUGAAACCGCAAAGAAAUUCGCAUUGAAAAAAAUAGAGCUGUAUUAACAUUGAAUAAUGAAGGUGUUUCAUACCGAAAAAUUGCCAAAAGUGUCACUGAAAGGCGUGUAUUUGACAAUAAAUCGAUUUAAAGAUACUGUAGGCAAUUAUUACGACCGUCUUUAAACCGGACGUUCAAGAGUAACCAAUCUUCAAAAAGACAUUAUCAUAUAUGGUAGUGGUUAUCUAUAAACGAAACAGACGGUUAACAGUUCCAGAAAUUUACACCGACAUCAACAAAACCCUUAAAAAGCCAAUAUUACUAAUUGUAAAAAGAAGACUAAACGCUGCCGGACUUAAAGGACGUAUUGCAGUAAAAAAAACCGUUGUUACGUGAUAAAAUAAACAUAAAAAACUUCAGUGGUCUAAAAAGCAUCAAAACUGGACGAUAGAUCAAUGGAAAAAUGUACUCUGGAGUGAAGAAUAAAAAUAUAAAAUAUUAGACUCUAGAUGUAGAACUUAUGAGAAAAGUGCAUCUGAAAAAAUGAUACCAAAGUGUGUAGUAUCUACUGCGAAGCAUGGAGGUAGAUCAGUUAUGGUAUGGGGUUGUUUUCCUGGCCGUGGGACCGGAGAUUUAGUGAAAAUUAAUGGUAUUUUGAAAAAAGAGCAAUAUAAACAAAUUCUUAUUCGUCAUGCACUUCCCUCUGAGUUCAAAAAAAUUGGCCGUGGAAAACGACCCAAAACACACUAUCACACUUAGGUCCUCUGCCGCAGUUAUUUAAAACGGAAAUAAGCAGAUGGUGUUCUUGAAAAUAUGACAUGGCCACCACAAUCACCAGACCGCAACCCCAUCGAACAUUUGUGGGAAGAUCAAGAGAGAAAUUAAAAGAGACAUGGACUUCCUAGAAACAAAAAAUAAUAGAUAAGCUGAUUGAAAGAAUGCCACGGUUGGUAAGACCAGUCAUUAAAAGUAAGGCUGGAUUUUUCGAUCAAAUAAAAAUUUAAUCUUAAUACGUUUUUUUUUCUUUUUUUUUGAAACGAUGAUGUCUGAAACACACUGUAUAUAUUUUUUUUUUCUACAGUGUUCUAAAUAAUUUAAUUAAUUCAUUUUUCAAUAAAUGCAUAGAACUUUCCUUAUAUAUCAGUAGUAGAUCUUUUCUUAACAACGUUACCAAACUUUUGGCUGGCAGCGUAUGUGAAACUUAUAAACUUGCAUAAAACAUUAGCGUUUGAUGAAACAAUUUCGUUUUGAACAAAUAUAAUUUGAACGAGUCAGAUAAACUUUAGUGUAAAUAGGUACGUUUUACGUACUCAUAUAUUAUAAUAAUUUAAUUUAUGCAAUUAUUAAUUCUCCCUGAAAAUUAUUAAUUAGUCAAAAUGAUGAUAACUCGCACUAUAUUUAUUAUUACCUAAUUACCUAAUUAAAAUAUAGAAAUAGUUAGGUUACGCAGCUGGCAGUUUUCACUUCUAAGUCAACGCACCUGUAUACACGUUCCCAAACUAUGCACUAAUAUUCCUAAACAUUCUUUUCGGACGUUAUUUUUGAAUAUUUGUUGAUAUUUUGUUGCAUCGAAUAAUUCGCUAAAAAGUCUAGCUGCAGUAUUAUUAUAGCUAGAACUGUAAAUUUGUAGGAAAGUGAAUUUUUUUUAGUGAUUGAGAAACGUAGUUUUGUAAGUAGAUAAUUUAUAUGUAACAACAAAUCCUUUUAUGAAACUUUUAAUUUGCACAUUUUAAUUUACAAAUUACACAUUUUUGGACGUUUUUAAUUUUUUAGGUCAUUUUUUUUUUGCCUUUUAAGUCAUAUUUUCCAUUUUUAGUUUAUUUUAUUAGUGUAUUAUUAAUAAAAUUCCGUAAAUUAACAUCUUAAAAAACAUUUAUUAUUUUAACAAAAUAAAUACAUAAAAACAAAUUUAAAAAAAGGACAGACAUACUUCACACGUGGGUACAGCCACUGUUGUAGGUGAGAAGUUCGGAAGGUAGGCUACAAACAGAAAUUUAAUGUACAUUUUUAAGCGUGAACUUAGAGGUUUUGGUAUGUUGUUAAAGGGUCACAAUGUAAUAAGAAAAUUACCUUGUCGUCAGCAUAAGUAGAUAUCAAAGUAUUUUCAGAAGUAGGAAUGUCAGCUGUAUAAAUAUUGUUGAAAGGUCUGGUAAUAAAUUACUUCCUUAGGGAACCUCUGCUCGAAUUUGGAAUUGAGAUAAGAAGGAAUUGCCUUAGCAGACGAAGAAUGAGUGAUUUUGUAGAUAAGAUUUGGUCAAUAAGUAGAGUGAAGCUAGGAGGAACUUUUUUAAUUUAAAAAGCAACUCAAUGUGCCAAACCCAGUCGAACGCUUGUGAUAUGUCUAAGAGUACUCCCAAACAUAAGUUUGUGUUCUCGAAUGAAGAGGCUAUUUUUCCGAAAAUUCGAUGGGUUGAGGAAUAGUUUUCUCUGAAUCCAAAUUGAGUCUUUGGUAUAAUUUCUUGGGACUAAGAAUGGAUCUAAUUCGUUUUAGCAUCACUAUUUCAAAUAAUUGCCCUAGGACUGGUAAUAGACUUAUUGGUGGUUCUAUUGGUAUUUCUAUUUUAGAAAAAUUGUUUACAGACAUAAACAAAAAACAUAUCAUAUGGAUAGUAAAGCCAAAACAUUUCUUGCGUUUUGAUCAGAAUCUAAAAAAAAUUUAAACUAAUCAUUUACCUAUACGUAUAAUAAAACACAAUUUAUUAAAAGUACGAUAAAUAUAAAUACAAUAAUCUCAAAUUUCGUAAAUGUAUACAUUAUAUUGUAUAGCUUGACGUAAGUCCGGACGAUUUUAGGAGCGCAGGCGCACGGUCGGUCGAAAUAAAUUGUCAUGCCCCUAAAAUGGGGGGGGGGUUUAGGAAAGUGAAAAAUGUAUGUAUACUAUGCAAAAUUGUUCACCUGCCCCCCUGCCCUAGGACUUGUUAAGAACCAUUCCUGACCGUAAAUGCUUCGUUCGCAGCUGGUACUCCAUAAUUAAUUACAUGCUUCAAAAAAUCGUAAUUUAUAAAUCAAUUAUAUCUACAUUCAUUCGAAAAACGUUUAUAAAAACGUCAAUAAUAUCAAAGAUAAUAUAAAUUCGUCUCUUUUAGCCUCGUGUUCGUUUAUAAUCGCGUUUGAUUAAUUAAUACAAACUAAAUCGAAUUAAGGAAACGGAAGGAAAAUUGAAAAAAGGGGCGGAAAAAACAUUAGCAGAGAAUAAUAAAGUUAUACGCGAAUGAAUUCCCGCAGUGUAUUGUGAACACGCUGUAGUGUACUUGCGAUUUUCAAUGUACCGGCGAGACCGUUUUUUUCUGAUUUUAUUUACCAUUAUAAUAAACGUUCGGUUUUUUUCACGGUUUAUUAUACACCAGUAUCAUAAUCAUAUUAUUAUUUUUGGAACAAUUGUGGUGAUAGAAACGUAUUAUUAUUAUUAUUCAGAUUAAACUCUCGUAAUUUAAUUUCAGAUUACUAAAAAAAAAUUGUAUUAAUUUUAGAAACAUUAUGCACAGGAACAAUGGCAUAUUUAGCAUUCUCUUGUAUACCGGAGGAACACCCGAAUAUAAUUGGUAUUUUAUAUACCUAAGUAUAAAACUGGUAAACGUGUUCGGGUGAAAAUUGAUACAAUACUCUUUACAGCACACUCAAAUUUCCUCCCUUAGUAAAGUAUUUCUAAACAAAUUUACUCAAAUCGCUUCUAAAAAGUACUAUUUACUUAAAUUACCACUGGUAUAAGGCCAAAUUAAUUGCAGGUAUUACUAGGUUAAAUACUUAAACUAUAAAUAAAAAAAAAAAAUAAAAAAAAAAAAAAAAAAAAAAAAAAAAAAAAAAAAAAAAACAAAGGUAUAAUAAUAUAUUAUAUAUACUUAUAAAAUAUUAUCACACAGUAGGUAUAAAUUUUCAGUAAACCAUUAUUAUCGAAUAGUCACUAUAAUUUCUAAUAAUAAUAUAAUUCUUAUAUCGACUAGUGUCGAUAUCGUUGUUUCACUGUAUCGAUGUUUUAUUGAAUAUGCUAUGAGUAGCGAUUCGAGUAUUCGUAUAAAGAUUAAAGGGGUACUCGAAUCGCCAAAAAGUGAUUCGAGUAAAAAAAGACGGGCAUACUUCGUGCCACAGUUGUAGGUGAGAAGCUGGGAAGAUCAAAAUUUGAUAUUAAAGUUCUUAUAAAAAAAGAUACUAUAAUGAACUUAAUUUUUUCUUAUUGACCACUAAGUACAACUUAUAAUGAACCUCCUGUUAAAUUUACAAGCAUUUCUGUUUGAUCUGACAAUUUUAUCCACAGAGCAACCUAACUAUUAAAUAAUAAUUACGUAAAAGCACGCAAAAUUGAAAUAUCUAUAUAAAUAGCUCAAAAAUAGAUCAAAUGUUUUGAAAAUUUUACCACGUUUAUAAAAGGUAAAUAUAAGUUAUGUGUCCAAAUUUCAAGUAUCUAUGAAUAUUUAUAACUAUAUCGUAACAAAAAACAAAAUUAAACAUAAUAAAUUUCGUAAAUGUUGGCGUUUUUCUUACGUUGUUCCAAAUUAUAAAAAAAUCCAUAAAAAAUUAAAAAAUCACCUUCUUAAAGUUCCAAUUAAAUAAAAUUUCCUUUCAGGAAAUGUGCUAAAUUUAAAAAUUGAAGUUUUUCUGGUGAAAAUUGUAUACACAGUAAAACAAAAAAAAAAAUGAUCAUUGUAAAACUAAUGCAUAUCUCGAUUUGCUCAGAAAUAAAAUUUUAAAUUAAUGAAAUUGUAACGUUGUAACUUUGUUAGUUUUUAUUUUACUUUCUUUCGGGUUUUUCUAAUUAAUAUUAAAAGAGAAUCGAAAAACGACUAUUUUUGUAAGCAACUAGAUUCAAAAUUCAACAAAGUAUUUUGUCGGUUUUCUUUUGGAGCAAUAUUUCUUAUACAAAAUAUAAGUUAAACAAAUUAAAAAUCAUAAAAUUGUUAUGCCGUCAAUUUUUUAUUACGUUUUUCUCGGUUUUUCCUUAUUAUUAAAAAAAUUCAAAAAUGUUCUGCCUAAAGUACCAACUAGAUAAAAUUUCCUUCCGGAAAAAGGGCUACACUUGAUACAUCAGAACAAUAGAUUUGUAGUAGAAAUUUUGAAUAGUAUUAAAAAAAAAAAAAAAAAAAAAACAUCAUUGUAAAACUAAUAGAUUCCUCACUACGCCCCGAAUCUAAAAUAGGGAAUAUCUGGAUUUGAGAGGCAAUUCUUAUGUGCCCGGCAUAACUACACCUUCAAAACAAUACAUCUGUUAUAACAAAUAAUACAACAUAAUAAUGUGACAUUUUGUAAAAAUAUAUUCAUCUGUUUAGUCACUUUAAUGAUUUAAGUCAUGAAAAGCUAAAAAAUAAAGUCUGUAUGCUUCUAGGUUUUUUUGCCAUUUCAUUGAGCACCAUAACAAAAGACUUGUGAAAUAUAUUGUGUUUUUAGACAUUUUAGCGAUUAUUUGUCUUUGCGCAGCGUACACAAUAAUUAAUUCAUAUAAAAUCAAUUAGUUACUAUGUAUAGUCAUUUUAUUGAGAGAAAGUGUUUUUUCAAUAAUUCAUUAUAAAAAGACUUGAAACGUCCAUAAAAUGUUUGUAAAAACCGUUUCACGAAAAGACAAGAACUUGCACUAUAAUAAUAUAGUCUUGAUAGAAAACCAAUUAUUCACGAGUAGACCGUAAAAAAAAAUUGAGCAUUAAAUACUCGUAAUAACGACGUCACCGACGAAUACUUAUGAAUUUAUACGAAAAUGAAUUUGAGUACUAUAUUAUCAUUUUUUUAUUUUUUGUUCUGAUAUACGAUUAAAAUUGCCUAUCCCCAACCCCUUAGUACCGCAAGAUGCAUGAAUUGCUCUUAUAAUUUGGUCACUGGUAGGCCUCUGUUAUAUACAGGUAGUUUGGGAGGUAGGAUUUAAAAUUGAACAAUUUAGUUUAUAAUAAUAAUAUAAUGUAUGCAACGAUAAAUUACUGUAAACAAAAAGUCGUCUGAACAUAUGAGUCUUGUUUUUUUACUUUUUGCCAAGGUAACCAAUAACAAUUUUACAAAUUUCCUGUUUUCCCGGAAGCGCCAAUUAGAAAACAUUUGCUUUUAGAUAAGAUACACUUGAUAACCGUGAAACAAGAUUCCUGUAAGAAAAAUUGUUUACAGAUAGAAAAACCUAGAAAAUUAAAAUAAUAUAUCUGUUUGAAAAAAUAUACUUCUAGUCGUAUUUUAAUGUUUUUGGACAAUACAAAUUGGUCAGUCUUUUUUCUUUUUUUUUUUAGGGAAAAAUACGUCAAGUACGAGCUCGAAAAAAAGUAGCCAAAAGCGUGCUGGCUUUCGUGUUGAUGUUCGCCAUCUGCUUUCUCCCUCAUCACGUGUUCAUGUUGUGGUUCUACAACUAUCCCAAGUCCACGGAAGAGUACAAUACUUUUUGGCACGUGCUGCGGAUUGCCGGGUUCUGCAUGAGCUUCACCAAUUCCUGCAUGAACCCGGUCGCCCUGUACCUGGUAAGCGGCACGUUCCGCAAACAUUUCGACAGACACCUGUUCAGCCUAUGCGUAUCAGUGCAGCCAACGACCGCGACCGAAUCGAACUUAUUCAUGGUCCGGAAGAAUCACGGCACCACUGUUGGCAGUCGGAUCGACGGCAACUGUGGCGCUUAAAAUCGAACCGAUAUCUAGGAGUCCGCAAUCAGUAACAUUCCGUCAGACGAGAUUAAAUUAUAAUAAUUUAAUUUAUGCAUGUCUAAUAAGCUAAUUGUUUUGUGUAACACGUGUGGCCUUUGCACAGGACUGCCUUAAAAUUUCAAUUCAGUUUAGGUAAAUUAUUCAAAUUCAACUUUGAUGCGCAUAAACGACGCAUACUUCAUAUUUAUUGUAUAACUUAAACGGCACUUAAAUUAAAUGAACAGUUGACUGUCCGAUUUAAACAAUUUAAC